AUGGAAUGGCAAGGCGACUACAUGGGCCCCGUCGCCAAAACCGAGAUUCCGCAAACCCUCAAUGCCCGCAAAGCGUUUCUGAAAGACGUCUGUGAUGUCUACGCUGUCUGGCGCCUGGACCGAAAAAACGUUAACAGGACUGGCACCGACAAGCCAACUUACAAGCACAAGGUGCAAUUUGCAUGUCUGAUCAAAGACAAGUUCUGCGUUGUUGCAGAAAGCGACAUCGAUGUGGACACUACAGAGUUCGGAGGCGGGAGAGAGUGGAAGGCAAAGGCCUUGGAGCAUUGGUUGAAGCAUAACAAGGAUGCUGUGCGAGAGUCGCUCGUCAAGAAAGGGUUGACAGCGGACACCGAGGACGACAUGGCCUCGUCUAGUCCCGAGGCAACGGCUCGGCGCGCGGCUGCUUUCACGCGACACGACGUGGUCAACGACAGUGUCCUCCAGGCAAUGGGCCGCGACAUCCAGGAGGCCGCGGGAUUCACUAUGCCUGUUCCGAUUCGCAUUGUGGAAGGCAUGUUGAAAUUCGCACGAACCUUGCGAGUCAGCGCUUGGAUUGACCCAUUCUACACCGAAUGGGUCAUGGUGACCGGCCAGGCUAUUCCGGUUCCCAAGAUUAUCCCCAACAACCGCACCAACAACGACUCUAGCGAGAGCAGCGAGAGCGACAGUCAGCCCCCAAAGAAGAAACAGAAGAUUCUUCCAAGUCUGUUUCGUGAUGCGGACACGCCCGACAGAGUACGCGAGACUUUGCUCGAGGCCCAGAGCGUUGCCAUCAUCGUAGACUUGGAGCAAAGCGGUGAUGAGAUGGAGGAAUGA